GGAGGUGGAAAAAAAGGGCAUUGUGGGUUGGUUUUUCGUUUGUUUGCUGUUGCUUUUUUUUUCUCCAAAGGUUUUGGUGGUGCCCCAGCUAGCUCCCGCUCCCUGCGAGGGGAGGCUGAGGCACCGCGGCCGCCGCUGCCCGGCCCUCCCCGCCCAACCGUCCCGGAGAGCUGUGAGGAGCCGGGAGGACACGAGUGGGCGCCGCGGGCGGCGAGGCGAGGUCCCGGGCGGCCGGCGGCGCUGCGAGUUGGCAGCUCACCGCCCGCCCCGCCGGGAUCUCACGGCUCGGGGAGACGCAAAAUGGCGGCGCGGCCGUGAGCGGCGGAAGGAGGCACCAGGCACGGGGCUGAGGCGGCUCUGGGGGUCGACCCCAAGAGGCGAGGGGAGACCCCCGCCCGGCCUCGCGGAGAGGCAAAGGUGCUCCCUCGGCCGGCUCUGAGGAGAGGGGCGGCUCCGAGCCCCCCGAAGGCAGAGCCGGGGAGGAACGGGGCGUGGUGGGGCGGCAGCGCCCCGCCUCUUUGCCUCCUCCUCAGUGUCUGACAGCGGCCCCGGGGCUUGGGAUGGCUCCGGGAUAAAUCCGUGUGUGACACAGCGGGGCGAAACGCGCAGGGUGAACAACUUCGCUUUCCGUGCCUUGAAGCGGGACGGAUCCAUCCGUGACUGGGCUCCCCGCUCGGUGUGGCGCUGGGAGAGGAGCGGGGACAUGUCCCCAUCCCUGCCGGGGGGCUUUAGGGUGUCAGGGUGCACUUUGAUGCUCGGCUCUCCCCUAGAUGAGGUGAGCGCUGGAGAUCGGCAACCACUUGGAUAAGGCGCGUAAUGGAGGCAGCUGGGGGGCUCUGAAAGGGAGCGGCGUGUCUGCGGUUGUCCACGCUGGUUGUUCCAUUGUCUCAACACUUCUGACACUUAUGGAUGGCAUAGACAACAGAGGGGAGACUGUGGUAAUUGGAGCCACCAACAGACCAGAUUCUACAGAUCCUGCUUUAUGGAGACCAGGAUGCUUUGACAGAGAGCUCCUCUUCAACCUGCCAAAUAAAGAGGCUAGAAAAGAAAUUUUCAAGAUUCAUACUCGUGACUGGAUCCCUAAGCCACCGGACAUGUUGCUUGAUGAGCUAGCUGAGAAAUGCAUUGGAUACUGUAAUGCAGAUAUAAAAUCCUUAUGUGCUGAAGCUGCACUGUGCACUCUGCGUCGACGCUAUCCUCAGAUAUAUGCAAGUAGGGAGAAAUUGUGACUAGACGUUAAUUCUAUUAAAAUAAAAUCAAAGGAUUUUUUUAUAGCUCUGAAGAAGGUUGUUCUAGCAUCAAGUAGGAUUGUAGCUUCACCUGUACAAGCACUAUCACCCAUUUUAAGCCACUUUUUGAAAAUUCAGUAGCGAAUAUUUUACAAGCUGUGCAGAAGAUAUUUCCGCAUGCACAGCUUGCACUAAAGAAGGACCAACAGCAAGGUAUAACCAUAGCAUCCACUUCUUUAAAAUUCUUCCAAAGCAAAAACUUGUGGUUUGUGCAAUCAACAUCCACAAACCUUUCAGACAUAAUGAUGGUAGAAUUUUAUGAUUUGCAUGUGCGUGUCUUUAUUUUGGGAAUAUCUGGAAUAUAAUGCAUAGGUUUUAUUCUGGAUUCUAAACUGAAAUGCCAAAUGGAAGCUCUGAAUGACUCAGCACACAGUAGAGGACUCUGCGUUCUCUACUAAAGCAUGCUGCUUCUGACAGUAGCUAAGAUAAUUAGCAUUUGUAGAGGUCGACUUAAGGUUUGAAGUAUAAGGCACCUCUUUUCCUUUAAAAAUAAAAACUCAGCUAUUUGGAGGGAAAACA